CCCGUCCUCUCUCCUGUUCACCUGCAGCUCAUCCAGGUAGAUGGACUGAAGCACCUCGAUCUCAGACAGCACACUGCAGAGAAGACACACAACACAGAUCAACAACAGGGGAACCAUUCUGAGGUGGCGCUAUGCAGCAGUAUAACUCGGUUUGCGAUCCGCCAUUAAAAUGAGAGAAGAAGAAGAAGCAGCCAGCGUAGAAGAAGAAGUAAACCCGCCAGACCCUGUAAAGAUCUCUAAGUGGUGUUUUACUGAUAUCUGAAGUUAAUGUAUCUCUCCUUAUUAAAUCAUACUCCACUAUGAUGCCUUCAGGGACCUGGGGGUUAGCGUUGUAUAAAAGGAGCCAGUGUUUUCUCUUAGAUUAGCUUGUUCAUUCAGUUUGAAGUCUGAGAAAUGGAGGAAACUGUGAUGGAAUCGGAACCAGCUGGACUCUCUGGAUCCGUUUCACAUCAUGGUGUUGCUGAAGCUUGGGAAACUGUCACUGUAGCUUUGGUGUCCCCUACCUGCUCAGUGACAGAGCAGAGCCUCUCUGGAUCCCUGGCCCUGCUGUCGGGUCAGGGUCUGGACCGGCUGCUUGGAAGCUGGCUGCUGGAGACUUUGCAGCAGCGUCUGUCUUCUUCUGUGGUUCCUGAGUUCUGGUCUGGACUCAAGCAGCCAGAGAAUGAGCUGGAGGAGAGAGGCAGGGCCUGGGUUCUCCUCACUGCCUUCCGGACUCUGAUUGGACACCUGGAACCUUUCCUCGUUGGUUUGGAGAGGCUGGGGAAGUGGCAGGAUGAGGGUCAUGGAAGUCUCUGCGGCCCGGGGUCCAAGGGCCUCCAGGAGCGGGCCUUCACCAUCAUCAGGGCCCUCCUCCUCUUCUCCCCGUCCCCCGUCCUUCAGGAGCGAGUGCUGGAGUUUUACAGCAGGACCUUCACCGUCUACAUGAGCCAGGAGGGAGAGACAGAGGACGGGGCAGAGGUCAUGGAGGGUCCUGAUGGCGGAGGGGUCUGCAGGGGCUGUGGGAUCCCGACGCAGCAGUGCUGGUGUCAGGAGGCCCUGGAGCAGCUGCAGGAGCUCAGCCACAUCCUUUCUAAGCUCCAGCUGCUGGAGUGGGUCAGCUCUGAGGCCGUCACCUCCAUCCUGCACAAGCUCAUCGAGCAGCGGAUGGAGCAGCACUGCAGAGGCGAGUACGAGCGCUCCUUCCUGCUGGAGUUCCAGGAGUGGCUGGAGCUGGUUCUCGGCUGGCUCAGUAAAGUGUUUGCGAGCGAGGCGGAGGGAGACAGUCUGCCCUCGACUCCCGGCGUCCUCACCGCUCCCAGCGCCCUCGCCGGCCAGCCCGGCAGCUCCGUCCUGAAGCAGUGGAGGUGUCACAUGCAUCAGUUCUUCUGCAGGAUCUACGUCAACAUGAGGAUCGAGGAGCUGUUCAGCAUCAUACGAGAUUUCCCAGAAUCCAAAGCGGCCAUCGAGGAUCUGAAGUUUUGUCUGGAGAGGACAAACCAGAGGCAGCAGCUCCUCACCUCGCUGAAAUCUGCUUUUGAGAGCCGCCUGCUGCACCCAGGCGUUCACACCUCCGACAUCCUCACCGUCUACAUCUCUGCCAUCAAAGCUCUCAGAGAGCUCGACCCGUCCAUGGUCAUCCUGCAGGUCGCCUGCCAGCCCAUCCGCAAGUACCUCAGGACCCGAGAGGACACGGUGAGACAGAUCGUAGCUGGGCUGACCGGAGAUGCAGAGGGCUGCACAGAUCUGGCCUCUGAGCUGUCCCGAGGAGACCCGGUGACUCUGGAGAUGCAGGACAGCGAUGAGGAAGGGAACGACCCCGAGGACUGGACUCCAGACCCGACCGACGCUGUCCCAGAUAAGAUGGGCUCCAAACGCCGCUCCUCUGACAUCAUCAGCCUGCUGGUCAGCAUCUACGGCAGUAAAGGAAUCUUCAUCGACGAGUACAGAGCCGUGCUGGCCGACCGGCUGCUGCACCAACUCAACUACAACACCGCCAGGGAAAUCCGUAACGUGGAGCUGCUGAAGCUCCGGUUUGGGGAGUCUCACAUGCAUUACUGCGAGGUCAUGCUGAAGGACAUGGCGGACUCUCGCAGGAUCAACAGUAACAUCCGUGAGGAGGAGUCGAGGCUGAGCGAGGAGGAGCAGCCGCCUCUCUCCCUCUCCUCCAUCAUCCUGUCCUCAGAGUUCUGGCCGCCGCUGAAGGAGGACAAGCUGGAGCUGCCGCCGCUCGUCUGCCAGAGCAUGGAGGCCUACACACACCGCUACGAGAAACUCAAGGCCAUGAGGACGCUGAGCUGGAAGCCUCACCUGGGCUCCGUCACCCUGGACGUGGAGCUGGAGGACCGCACCCUCACCAACCUCACCGUCUCCCCGAUCCACGCCGCCAUCAUCCUGCACUUCCAGGAGAAAAGUUCGUGGAGUCUGGAGGAGCUGAGCAUGAAGCUGGGCGCCCCGAAGGAGCUGGUGCACAGGAAGCUGGCUCUGUGGCAGCAGCACGGCGUCCUGAGGGAGGAGGCGGGCGGGCGCUACUACGUGGUAGAGACGGGCUCGUCCAAAGAGAAGAUGGAGAGGGGCGUGAUGCUGAUCGACAGCGACGAGGAGAGAGACUCCAACACCACCACGCAGUCGGAGCAGAGGGAGGAGAAGCUGCAGCUGUUCUGGGCGUACAUCCAGGCCAUGCUGACCAACCUGGACAGUAUGACGCUGGACCGCAUCCACUCCAUGCUGCGGAUGUUUGUCGCCACGGGACCGGUCGUCACAGAGAUGGACAUCAACGAGCUGGAGGCGUUCCUCCAGAGGAAGGUCAGGGAGCAUCAGCUGCUCGCCUCCGCAGGCGUCUACAGACUCCCCAAAUCCACCUGAUGGAGGAGGAAGAGCAGGAGGAGGAGCAGGAGGAGGAAGAGCAGGAGGAGGAGGAGCAGGAGCAGGCGGAGCAGGAAAGACAGACACAGUGCUCCAGUGUGAUGCUGCAUUCAAGUGCUGUGGGAAAAAACAGGAGCAUGUACUUCCCCUGGAGAAUAUUUCAGCUGAGAGACGUUCUUCAGCUUCAUGGUCACACAGCAGGACUUUUACUGUGUGUGAGUUUGAACGCAGCUGUUCCUGUGAAAGGUUUUCAAAAUAAAAGCACUUCCAUAAAAAUAAAACAUGAUGCUGAAGCUCGAGUUAAAGUGUUGUGAGGAUUCUGUUGAUUUAUAAAAGCUGUUUAAAGUCUCA